CAGACUCCGGAGCGCAGGCAGGCGGGCGGCGCGGUGCGGCGCGGGCCGGCGGGAAGCGUAUUCUGGGCACGGGGCACCCGGCCGAGCCGGCUGCGCCGGGCGGCAAUAGUGAGAGGCUGCCCAAGGCCUCGCGCAGCACCGCCCGUCGAGGAGCUGGUGGUGGCGGACCGACUGGGCCGUCGAAGAGCGCAGGAGGCCGGUGGGCCGGGCCGGGCCGCGCGGCGUAGCCAUGCCAGGGUUUACGUGCUGCGUACCCGGCUGCUACAACAACUCGCAUCGGGACAAGGCACUGCACUUCUACACCUUUCCCAAGGACGCUGAGCUACGGCGCCUCUGGCUCAAGAAUGUGUCCCGUGCCGGCGUCAGUGGGUGCUUCUCCACCUUCCAGCCCACCACGGGCCACCGUCUGUGCAGCGUUCACUUCCAGGGUGGCCGCAAGACCUACACGGUGCGCGUUCCCACCAUCUUCCCGCUGCGCGGCGUGAAUGAGCGCAAAGUAGCGCGCCGACCCGCAGGGGCUGCAGCCGCCCGCCGAAGGCAGCAGCAGCAACAACAACAGCAGCAGCAGCAGCAGCCGCAGCCCCAGCAGCCUCCGCAACCGCAGUCGUCUCCGGCCGCCUCCAACGCUCAGACCUCCCAGCUGCAGCCGAACCUUGUGUCUGCCUCCGCAGCUGUGCUCCUCACCCUUCAGGCCGCUGUAGACAGCAGCCAGGCUCCAGGAUCCGCGCCGCCAGCGCCCACCACUCCCGCCGGAGAUGAUGUAAAGCCCAUCGAUCUUACUGUGCAAGUGGAGUUCGCAGCCGCAGAAGGUGCAGCCGCUGCAGCCGCGGCGUCGGAGCUAGAGGCUGCAACAGCGGGAUUGGAGGCCGCUGAGUGCCCUAUGGGUCCCCAGUUGGUGGUAGUAGGGGAAGAGGGCUUUCCUGAUACUGGCUCCGACCACUCGUACUCGUUGUCAUCAGGCACCACGGAGGAGGAGCUCCUGCGCAAGUUGAAUGAACAGCGGGAUAUCCUGGCGCUGAUGGAAGUGAAGAUGAAGGAGAUGAAGGGGAGCAUCCGCCACCUGCGUCUUACCGAGGCCAAACUGCGGGAAGAACUUCGCGAGAAAGAUCGCCUGCUUGCCAUGGCUGUCAUCCGGAAGAAGCACGGAAUGUGAAUGGGACGCCUGAGGCCUGUAGAACUGCUGGACCCCUUCCAGCCCAAGGGAUCCCCAGGCGGAUAUUGAACUCCCCUAUAUUCUGAUUGACAGUAGUGAGGCUUAGCUAGACUGGCUGGUGAUUUGGCACCCUCACUUGUUUCCUCUUGAGGCAGGAGUUUGGGUCCUCAGACUCUGCAAUAGUGACACCAGCAUUAAUACUGUCUAUUCUCCCUCCCCAGUUUAUGUUGCAGAUUCUGCUUAAGCAGAGGCUUCAGAAACACUUGAGACUUGCCUAGAGGGAUAAAGGUGGGGUGCCCAGUGACUGGGGGUUGGGGAAAAACCACAGAUUAAGCUUGGCCAGCAAUCUGAGAAAACUCUGCUGUGUGUAGUGAUAAGAGAUUCAAGUAACAUCAGUUCUUUAAAUGCUUACUCUUUCCAGAUGCAGUCUGUGAUAUUGAUGGGGACUAGCUGAUCUGUGCCUCUGCCUCCUAGGACCUCCCUACACAUGGGGGCAUUUGCCCAGGGGAUGACCUGCUGAUGGAGGGCCAGCUUGCCUGGGACUUGGGUUAUGUUUGCUACUGGUUACAAAUUCUAUUUUCUGUACAAUUAGUCAGGCUAAAGUUUUCACUGUGUUUGUUUGGCAAAACAAAUUAAAGAAAAAGUAAGGUUUUUA